AUGAUCAUCAAAACUCUAAUACUCUUUUCACUUGUUUAUGAAGCUCUUCUUAUACAAGUUCCUACGCCUCCAAAUCCACAACAGUUCACUAUUACUGCAGGAAAGCCUAAAGAGGCACCACAAAUCGAAGUAACAACAAAUUAUGUUGAUCGUUUUGCAGAUCUCUUUCGCAUUGAUGUAACUAACGAAGGUCAUCUUACUGAACAAGCUUUCUACUAUGGAGCCAAGAAAACCGGAUAUCUCAUAUACUAUGAUCAAAGUCCUCCUAAAUGUACAAAAACCAGCGAGAACGAUGCAGAUAUGUUACAAGAGUGGCAAACAUUAUCCUAUGCUGGCAAAACAAAAUCCAUCACUCCACCUCAUAUAGAAUGCAAUAUGUGGAAUAAGACUGUUCAAUCUUGGACGUGGAGCUAUCUUGCUUCUGUCAAAGACAAUACCCCUAUAGAAAUCUUGGAUAACAGUAUUCUUAUAUCAGUCUUUACAAAUUAUACAGUUGGACCAUCUGUUGUACCAAAGAGCGUGUUUAAGUUACCUGUACCAGAAAGUAGAUGCAAAUAG